CGGGCUCCGGGCGCUGAGGGGAGAGCCCCGGAGGCGCUGAGGGAGAAACGUGCGGGUGAAGGAAGGAAGGGUCGCCGGGCGGGUGCGGAUGCCGGGCCGGGAAGCCGUGCCGGUGGAGGGGCGGGAGGCCUCGGCCGCCCUCAGCGCGGCAGGACGGGGCUGUGGGGGCCCUGGAGGAGCGGCAGCUCCGGGCUCGCUCUGUCACCGCGGGUGUCGCGGGUUCCGAUGAGCGGCCAGGCCGGGUCCGGGUCCGCUCCUGCCCGCCGUGGCUAAAGGCGCUCGGCAGAAUCGCAGCUGAGGGGCCACACUUAACUGGGAUUGCGCUGCUCCGGUUGUUUGGAAGCUCUGGAAGGCAAUGACACUGAUUUAGAGGCGUUUACAGUGUUUCAGCACUGACCAGAAGCUUAUUAAUUGAGAGAUGAGCCUACGAAGUCAGUGCAGUUUGCAGAUUAAUAGUGGAACACAAAUUCUGGGAGGAUCCAGGGAGGCACAGCCAGCAUGGUGUGGUGGAGGUGAAACCUCACAGUGGGUGUCCUAGAAAAGUUCUGCAUCUCCUCUGCCUUAACCACCUUGCUGGAUUGUGUGAACUUGUGCAUGAGAUCUCUUCAUCCACCACAUAAGGAAAGGGGAAAUGCAGUAUUUAAGUAAAAGCCAACUAUGGGUGGAUGGCUGCAGGAUUCUGCCUGGAAUUCUACCUGGUUGAUUAUGCCAGACUUAAUGGGGAUCCAAAAAGUAUGCCAAGUAUGAAAAAAGUAUGAAAACUCCUAUAAUCAACUUUAGUUCCACUCCUAGCUUCACCAUAGAUACAGGUAACUUAGAAGAGAAAUGCCCAGUGGUGCUUCUGUUUCUCUUACUGGAUGAAAGUAACUUGGAGGCUGAUUUGCAGUGAAUAAUCAGUGAAACCACCCAGCAUUUUCUGGAAUAUUGCAUGAUCUCAUCAUGAAGAUCUCUCUCCUGCAGCAGAUGUAUAAGGAUGUCCUGGCAGGCAUUCCCCUAGCAAGGGAAAGCCAUCAUUAUUCUUCUUUAAUUAAUCUGUGUGUUGAGCAGCCACCAGAAGGAGAUGAAUCCUGUCAUCAGCAGCAUCUGCCAUCUACUGCUGGUGGUGUUGGGAGCUGUGAGGACACUGAUAUGUCAGAUGUUGUCCCUGCAACAGAUGAUUUAUCCAACAGCUUUGCAAACAUGAGCUCCUCGUUCUGCCCACGGGAGGUGAUGCUGCUGCAGCUCACCUUGAUCAAAAUGAUGGUGGCCAAAGCAGAGUCCCAGGAGAUUGAACUCCACACGAGACAGAAGUACUGUGAAAUCUUUGUUCUUCUUCUGAAGGAGGCAAAAAUUGACUCAAAAUUGAUUCACCUGCUCGGUUCUGAUGAUCGCCUGUUAUCUCACAUGGCCUCACAAAGUUUGGCAUCUCUUGUGUAUUUCCAGCUGAAGGAAGAGGACGCCUUGAACGUCCCGUGGCUGAGCUUUAGCCUGGCGGCGCUGCUGGGGUUCCCCGGCAAGGCGCGGGUGCCCGCUUGCCUGUGCACUCUGGCGGCGCUUCUCAAGGAGACGCUGAAGGACGCGCCCGGAGCCCGAGCAGGUGUUCUGAAGAAGUUGUUGGCUCCUCUUGAUGCAGUGCUUGAAGGAUUUUAUAAUGCCAUCCUGCUCCAUCAUUUUGACAGUCACCACUACACUUCACCUUAUUCUGAAGCUGCAAACAAUCUGAUCAGUUUUAUAGAUCUGCUUGAAGCACUUUUGGUUUCCAGAACUGAACUGGAAGUACCGCUCAGGUGCCAGAGAAUUUUAUUUUUGAAAGUUUCUUAUGCCCUCAACGUUAUUAGCUCAUCAGUUCCUUAUGUAAUCAAGAAGAAAUUCAUUUUGCUCCUUAAAAAAUGUGUCCUUUACAAGUCCAGAGAAGAUGCUAAAAGUGGAUCAGCGUUCUUACAAACCCCAUCUUUGUGUGAGGAUAUGCUUGCACUGAGUAAUGUUGUUCUGCAGGUUGUGAAUUUGACUUGGCUUAAUCAGAUCCCACUCAGUGGAAAGUCCAGCUACUUUGGAAGCAGUGAAACUGCUCCUGGACACGAUUCUCAAGGUGCUUCUGACCAAACUGUUCUCAGAGCCUUAAGUCUGGUUGUGCUUAAAGCACUGGAAUUCAAGAUUCACAACUCUCAAACAGAAGCAGAAAUCAAAGGAGACUUUGAGAGCUCCAUGUCCCAGCUGCUGAUGUUCUGGAGGAGUCAUGUAAAGCCUUCCCCACAGUCUCACCCAGCUGGGCAUCACUGUGAGUGGCUCUCCUUGGUUUUCAUGGAGCAAGAUGAUGACAUGUGGGAAGCUGCUAAAGCUUUAUUGCUCAUCUAUUUAAAAUUUGAUAGGUUACGGCGUGGUGCUGCUGAUAACCUGAGCCAAAAAGAGGAGGAAUCCUGGCAGUUCCUUGUGCAUGCAGGUGGAUAUAACCCACACUGUAUAUUUUUAUUUUUUCUGGAAAAGAUUGCAUUUGAUUCCACAGUACUUCUAGAUUUUUUGAUUUCGUCAGAGACUUGCUUUCUGGAGUACUUGGUCAGGUACUUAAAGCUGCUUGGGAAGGAGUGGCAUCAGUUUGUAGAUGUCUGUAACCAUUUCGAUACCAGGCACAGCACUUUCCGCCCACUUUGUUCUGUCAAGCCACCCCACCAAGAAAAGCAAAACCUUGUGGCUGGGGAGAGUUUGCAAAAUGCUCUUUGUGCAGCAGAACCACAGACUCCGAAGGCUUUGGCUCCUUCUCACAACUGCCCGGUGUUUACGGCACAGCAGGGUGAUAAUGAGGCUGCCGAGUGGAACCAGUCUGACUCACUGACCGGCACUGAUAGCACGGCCCUGCCUGGUUCCCUUCAAAGCCUGGUUAAUUAUGACAGCUCAGAGGACUCGGAGGUGGAAUCAGAUGGAAAGGAGUGCUUGGUAAACACAAAACAAUUGCCUUCAAACAAUGAGGGUGAGGUGAGGAGGAGGGAAACUGGUUGUGGCUGUGGAGAUGAUGACCAGAAUCCAUGCACCUCUGAAGUGUUGCCUCCAAAACCGAAGGGAUCUCCUCCCUCAUCCUGUUGGACUUGUAUGGCACCUCCAGAUAACACUGCUCCCCUAAGAGUGAUGCUUUACAAAUCAACAAAGUGUUUGGAAGAGCUGCAAGAGGCUGUUUCUAGGUUGCAGAGAAGAAAUCUUUUCCCAUAUAAUCCAUCUGCGUUGUUGAAACUGCUGGGCCACGUUGAGAAGAUGAGCAAAUCCACGAAUCCACAAUAAUCCAAAGUGUUCUUGUGGGGUUUUUUAACAAAUUCACCAGGGGAUAUUUCCAUGAAAUUAAUGACUUCUUGCUUCAUGCCUCUUGCACUAGUCAGUGCAUUUAACCUCAGGCAGGGUGAACACGGAUUUGGGUGGCACCUUAAAAUCUGGCAUUGCAUCCAGUGAUAUGAUCCAUAUCUGAGGAGGAUAUGGAGGAGGAGGACCCUCAUGACCUGAGGGUCCUGAGCUCAUUCAUGGUGUGUAUGUCAAUGUACAAUAUAUAAGGUUUAGUUGUUGGAUAUUCAACUUUUUGUAAUAAAUAACUCAUGUGAAAGCAUUUCAAAAAUAGAUGAUAUUUAAAGUCUUGUCAAUUAUACUUAAUGGGAGUCUAUUUUUGAGUUCAUUGCCAGAUUGGUAGUGGUUUAUGGACUCGGGGCCAAGUUAGUGCAACACCUGACUGCUUACAAGUUGGGCUAAAUAAAAUAAUAUAGCUGGGGACAGUUUACUGUU